GCAGCACCCCCAUUCCCGCGCAGCUCCCGCCCCCUGGGAGCCAAAGGACUAAAUAAACAGUUGUAACUCCAAACCUUGCGCCUGCCACCGCAGCCCUAUCCCACCCCUUUCCCCAGUCCUGCCCCUCCUUUCUUGUUGUUGCAACUUUGUAAGAUCCCAGGAAGGUGCUGAGACUAAGGCUCAGGCCGUGCUCGGGGUCUCCGGAUUCCUGCAGGGAUUCCCCGGGGCUCAUCCUCCUCCCCUGUCCCCUCGCACUGGGGGUCCUCUCCCUCUGGCUACCCCUUCUAUCUCUGGUCCUAGCCCCCUCCGCCAAAUCAUCUCGUCCUUAACACACACACACACACACACACACACAUACACACAUACACACACACACACCCUUCACGGAAAGAAGACUUGCUGAGGGGUCGCCCCGGUCUCUCGUCGAUCGCAGACCCCGAAAGUUUGCCGAAGGAGGACGGCGCUCGGCCGGCGAGCUGCAAAGGGCUGCGGCGGCGGCUUGGGGAAGCGUGGAGUUGCCGGUGCGUCCUUCCCGGACUCGGUGGCUCUGCUACCAAACUUGCUGCAGAAGCCAGAGUUGAGGCUCCCUGAUUAUGCUAAUGACCAAGAGAAUCGAUGGUGCGAGGCGAGAUGUCAUCCGCGUGUCCCAGGAACUUGUGCUGACUGUCCCAGUCUCUCGGGAACCCUUUCGGCAAUGCUGAGGGCUGCGCUCCCUUUCCUGACUCGCCGUCGGCCAUGAGUGGAUGGCUGUGAUGCCUGCUAGCCCAGAGGGGUCCUUCUGUGUGUCUUGUGGCGUUCUGCAGGCCCCCUGCCAGUGACCCCAGGCUUUUUAUGGCUGUGAGACUCAUUAAAAGCUCAGGGUUUUUGAGUCAUGAUGCAAGAAUCUGGGUCUGAGACAAAAAGUAACGGAUCAGCCAUCCAGAACGGGUCCAGCGGUGGCAACCACUUACUAGACUGCGGGGCACUUCGGGACACUCGAUCCAACGGGGAGGCACCGGCGGCGGUGGAGCUGGGGGCAGCCGACCUUGCCCACGUCCAGCAGCAGCAACAGCAGGCCCUGCAGGUAGCAAGGCAGCUCCUCCUUCAGCAGCAGCAACAGCAGCAGCAGCAACAGCAGCAGCAGCAACAGCAGCAGCAGCAGCAGCAACAACAACAGCAGCAGCAGCAACAGCAACAGCAGCAACAGCAGCAAGUUAGUGGAUUAAAGUCUCCCAAGAGGAAUGACAAGCAACCAGCUCUUCAGGUCCCCGUGUCAGUGGCUAUGAUGACACCUCAGGUUAUCACUCCUCAACAAAUGCAGCAGAUCCUCCAGCAGCAAGUGCUGAGCCCCCAGCAGCUCCAGGUCCUCCUCCAGCAGCAGCAGGCCCUCAUGCUUCAACAGCAGCAGCUUCAAGAAUUUUAUAAAAAACAACAGGAACAGUUGCAGCUUCAACUUCUCCAACAGCAACAUGCUGGAAAACAGCCGAAAGAGCAGCAGCAGGUGGCUACCCAGCAGUUGGCUUUCCAGCAGCAGCUUCUACAGAUGCAGCAGCUGCAGCAGCAGCACCUCCUGUCCCUGCAGCGCCAAGGCCUUCUAACAAUUCAGCCGGGGCAGCCUGCCCUUCCCCUCCAACCUCUUGCUCAAGGCAUGAUUCCAACGGAACUGCAGCAGCUCUGGAAAGAAGUGACAAGUGCCCACACUGCAGAGGAGACCUCAGGCAGCAACCACAGCAGCCUAGACCUGACCAGCCCGUGCGUCUCGUCCUCAGCACCUUCCAAGACCUCCCUAAUCGUGAACCCGCACGCCUCUACCAACGGACAACUCUCAGUCCACACUCCCAAAAGGGAAAGCUUGUCCCAUGAGGAGCACCCCCACAGCCACCCUCUGUAUGGACAUGGCGUAUGCAAGUGGCCAGGAUGCGAAGCAGUUUGUGAUGACUUCCCGGCCUUUCUAAAACAUCUCAACAGUGAGCAUGCGCUGGACGAUAGAAGCACAGCUCAAUGUAGAGUACAAAUGCAGGUUGUACAGCAGUUAGAGCUACAGCUUGCAAAAGACAAAGAACGCCUGCAAGCCAUGAUGACCCACCUGCAUGUGAAGUCUACAGAACCCAAAGCUGCCCCUCAGCCCCUGAAUCUGGUAUCGAGUGUCACCCUCUCCAAGUCCGCACCAGAGGCCUCUCCACAGAGCUUACCUCAUACUCCAACCACCCCAACUGCCCCCCUGACUCCCGUCACCCAAGGCCCCUCUGUCAUCACCACCGCCAGCAUGCACACGGUGGGACCGAUCCGCAGGCGGUACUCAGACAAAUACAACGUGCCCAUUUCUUCAGCAGAUAUUGCGCAGAACCAAGAGUUUUAUAAGAACGCAGAAGUUAGACCACCAUUUACAUAUGCAUCUUUAAUUAGGCAGGCCAUUCUCGAAUCUCCAGAAAAGCAGCUAACACUAAACGAAAUCUAUAACUGGUUCACAAGAAUGUUUGCUUACUUCCGACGCAAUGCAGCCACGUGGAAGAAUGCAGUGCGUCAUAAUCUUAGCCUUCACAAGUGUUUUGUGCGAGUAGAGAACGUUAAAGGGGCAGUAUGGACAGUGGAUGAAGUAGAGUUCCAAAAACGGAGGCCACAAAAGAUCAGUGGCAACCCCUCCCUUAUUAAGAACAUGCAGAGCAGCCACGCCUACUGCACACCUCUCAAUGCAGCUUUACAGGCGUCCAUGGCUGAGAACAGUAUACCUCUGUACACUACCGCGUCCAUGGGAAAUCCCACUCUGAGCAACCUGGCCAGUGCCAUCCGGGAGGAGCUGAAUGGAGCCAUGGAGCACACCAACAGCAACGAGAGUGACAGCAGUCCAGGCAGAUCUCCUAUGCAAGCUGUGCAUGCUGUACACGUCAAAGAGGAACCCCUGGACCCUGAGGAAGCUGAAGGGCCUCUGUCCUUGGUGACAACAGCCAACCACAGUCCAGAUUUUGACCACGACAGAGAUUACGAAGAUGAAGCAGUAAAUGAGGACACGGAGUGAACCUCUGGGCGGGCCGACCCCCGAGACCGAAGAUUGGG